AUGGGCGCCCACUUCGAGGUGGAGCCCUGCCUCCCUCAGGGCCUGCGCUUGGACCCAGCCAGCGGCUGCAUCACCGGGCACCCGGUUGAGCCCAUGGAGCAGAAAUAUGUCAUCAAGGCCACCUCCACAACCGCGCUGCUGCUCAAGGUGGAGGACCCUCCGGAGUGCGACCACGUGUCAAUGUCCAUCAACGAGGACUUCGCCACUUUGCUGGAGACUGUGACACAGAUCGAGCACAUGCUCCCGGAGCCCGCCAAAAUCAGGGGCUCCUAUGGCGACUGGAUGAUCUGGAUGGUGCACCGGGCGUGGCUAGAUGACCCUGCACUGGUGGACCUCAACUUCAGCAACAUGCACAUGCCGCCCCCCCACAUGGAGCCUCGCAUCGCGCCCAAGCUGGUGGUGGCCAUGGCCAGGAACACCCACAUGGAGAAUCUGACGCUAUCCAACUCCAAUCUCCAGAAGGCCUCGGGCGUGGAGCUGGCGCAAUCCCUGCGGGUGAACCGGACCUUGAAGACUGUGAACCUCGAGUGCAAUUGGCUGGACUCCAACGCGGUCCGGGAACUCGCCCUGGCGAUUAAGGACAACCCAGGAUGCAACAUCGAGCACCUGCGAUUUUCCCAUCAGAAGCAGAUGGGCCAGUUUUUUGGCAGGCCAACUGAAGAGGCAGUUGGCCAGAUGAUGAAUUCAAAUGAAGGGAUCGUGAAGCUUGGGUUCGAGUGCGAUGAUGCGCACUGGCGCAACAUCAUCGACCGCGCGCUGCUUCGGAACAACGACUUCUGGAGAAAGCGGCAAGCUGGGCCGGAUCCAGAGGCGCUGCCCACACCGGAGGAGCGGCCGCUAGGCCGGGUCUUGCUGCUGGCGCCACCAGCAGAGGAGUCAGCCAAAGAGGUGCUUGCCAAGUACUCCGAGCUCUGUGACUACUUGGACAACAACCUGAAGAUGCCCACCACGUCUCAGCUGCAGAACUGCUCCAAGAACAGCGGACGGCAGCAACUGGCCUACGCAGUUGCAGCGCCAAUGAUCAAGGAGCUGCGCGCCUGGAUGUUGGACAGAGCUGUUGGACAAGAGAUUACCGUCUUCGACAUCUUUGGCACGCCUGCCAACGGCGUGCUGCGGAAAUGGAGCGCUGAGCACGACCACUGGUCGGUGGACAUUUGGGUCGAGGAGGGCAAAAGGUGCACUUUCCGAUCCUCCAGGGACCCAGCCAUCUCAGUGUCGGAGGCCUGGGUCCAGUGGCUCCGGCCGCAUGCGGCGCGACAGAUCGGGUUGCCCGAGAGCCAAGCCGGCGCAUGA